CUCCUCUCUCUACAACAAACUUUAGACUCAGUCCACUUCCCUGAUCAGAGGUAAAAUGGAGCCGUGUUUUACUGAUGGGGAUUGUUAUGAGAAAAUGUUUAGCCCUCGGGUUUAUUUGGAAACGUAUUAUGCUUCUCCACUUGGGAAUCAGAUGGAACAUAAUUUUUUGCUUUUCGUUUUGAAGAAUUUGGUACAAGCCUUUUCCAGGGGUCCAAGAUUACACACACUUCUUGAAAUUGGAUGCGGUCCCUGUCUUCACUGCGCUCUCUGUGCCACGGAGUAUGCGGAGGAAAUGGUUUUGUCUGAUUAUGCUUCCAACAAUCGUCAAGAGAUUGAGCAGUGGUUACGAAAUGAUCCAAAAGCUUUUGACUGGAGCCCAAUUGCAAAAUUUGUGUGUGAACUGGAAGGCAACAGAGAACAAUGGCAAGAGAAAGAGAAGAAGCUGAGAGAUUCCAUCAAGCAAGUUUUGAAGUGUGACGUUCAUCAAAAUAACCCUCUGCGUCCAGUGGAAUUAGAACCUGUUGACUGUCUGAUGACUUCUUUGUGUCUGGAAGCUGCCUGUAAAGAUAAAGCAGCUUACUGCACCGCUGUUAGAAAUGUAACCUCUCUGUUAAAACCUGGUGGGAUGCUCAUUAUGAUCACUGUUUUGAAUGAGACCUUUUAUACAGUGGACAAACACAAGUUCUCAUGCCUGAAAUUUGAUCAGGCCUUUUUGGAAAAAACUUUGAAGGAGGCAGGUUAUGAAAUAGAACAAUUUGAAAUUUGUAUUAUUCCUAAAACUAUAAAUACUAUAUCAGACUGUGAGGCUGGAAUCUUCUUGGUUGCUCGCAAGAAAGAGUGUUUUGUACUGAAUCAGUAAUGCAACUGCUAUAGAUUUAUUCUGUUGAACUCUGACUUAAAGUGCAGCAAUUAAAGCAUUUUAU